UUGAAAGCAAUUUCGGCCCGACAGAGAUGUAAAUCGUUGUAGCCUGUCUCCCCAAGGUUACACAGUUGCUUCCAAACAUGUGCACUUGUGGCUGAAAGUUUAGAGAUUGCAUAAAAAAAUUGUCCAGAAAAUAGAAGAAAAACAAUUUUGGAGAAGAGAGCGGAGAGGAUUUUGUAUUUGAGUACCUAAAAGAUGAAAACCAAAUAAAAGCAUAGUGGACUUGGAGUACACUUUCCAAUACAUAACCGAACCAAAACAUGGUGAGAAAAACUCUAUUUUUCUGUGCAACUAAGCAUGUAUUUUCUUCCAUAAUAAAAAAACCAUCUCAUUACCACCAGACACAUCUCUUCUACUGUUGUACCUCAAGCUCCAAUCCUCUCCUCUCCGAGGCCUUAUUUGAAAUGGCCAAACAAGGCCUUGAAGUGAAAUUCAAGAAAUACGAUACUCUGCUAAAUGAAUGUAUAAACCAAAGGGGUAUAAGAGAAGGCCAAAGGGUACAUGCCCACAUGAUUAAAACGCAUUAUAAACCUCCGGUGUAUCUCAGGACAAGGCUUAUUGUUUUCUACGUUAAAUGUGGGGUUUUAGGUGAUGCUAGAUGGGUGUUCGAUGAAAUGCCUGAAAGGAAUGUUGUUUCUUGGACUGCUCUCGUUUCUGGUUAUUCUCAAAAAGGGCAUUUCUCUGAAGCUAUCCAUCUUUUUGUUCAGAUGUUGAGAUCAGGUAAUGCGCCAAAUGAGUUCACUUUUGCAACAGUGCUUACCUCAUGUACCGGUGCCAUUGGGUUUCACUUUGGGAGACAAAUCCAUUGUCUUGUGGUCAAGAGUCCUUUCGAAUCACAUAUAUAUGUGGGAAGUUCACUCCUUGAUAUGUAUGCAAAAGCUGGCAAAGUUCAUGAAGCUCGAUGUGUUUUUGAAAGCCUGCCAGAAAGAGACGUUAUCUCCUGUACUGCUUUAAUCUCAGGCUAUGCUCAACAGGGACUAGAUGAAGAGGCACUGGAGCUUUUCCGCAAGUUGCAGGCACAGGGAAUGUCUUCCAACUAUGUUACAUAUACUAGUGUAUUAACAGCCUUAUCAGGACUUGCUGCAGUUGAACAAGGUAGACAACUGCAUGCCCAUAUUAUUCGAUUGGAACUGCCUUUCUAUGCAGUGCUUCAGAAUUCUCUCAUUGAUAUGUACUCCAAGUGUGGAAAAUUCACUUAUUCAAGGACGAUAUUCAAUCAAAUGUCCGAAAGAACUGUUAGCUCCUGGAAUGCCAUGCUUGUUGGUUACAGUAAACAUGGGAUGGGAAAGGAGGUAGUUGAGCUCUUCGAAAUGAUGAGAGAAGAAAACAAAAUUAAGCCUGAUGGCAUCACUCUUUUGGCUGUGUUAUCUGGCUGCAGCCAUGGAGGAAUGGAGGAUAAAGGUGUACAUAUUUUUAACGAUAUACUUACUGGAAAAGACAGGGUUGAGGUUAGCAUUGAGCACUGUGGUUGUGUGGUUGAUUUGCUAAGUCGAGCUGGCCAAGUAGAAAGGGCCUUCCAAUUCAUUAAAGAGAUGCCUCUUCAACCAACUGCUGCAAUUCUGGGUUCACUAUUAGGUGCUUGUUGGGCUCACCUGUAUGUUGAUAUUGGUGAAAUUGUAGCCAAACAACUUUUGGAGAUAGAGCCAGAAAAUGCUGGAACUUAUGUAAUUCUUUCAAACAUGUAUGCAUCGGCAGGAAGGUGGGAAGAUGCUAGAAGAGUAAGAGAGCUGAUAAAUGAAAGGGUCAUGGUAAAGGAAUCUGGAAAAAGCUGGAUUGGUACUGAUCUUAUGCAUGAAACAGGAAAGGACAUUGCAAAAACAUAAUGGUAUUAGCAGUUAGGGUCAAGGAAGGUACUUAUAUUCUCGAUCAGAGUUUAUGUAUCUUGUUUAGCAUGGAUGAUAAGAGAAAAAAGAAAAUGCUGCUAGGACAACUAGCUACCGCAUUUGAACAACUUU